AUGUCUGACAAAGGAUACUAUCCUCCUCCUCCACAACAACCCCAAGGUUACUAUCCACCACCUCCGGCUCAACAAUCAGGUUAUUACCAACCCACACCUCCUCCUCAAGUCGUUGUACAGCAACAGGCUCCUCCUGAAAAGAAAGAUAAUUCUCUAUGUUUAGGAUGCGCUCUUGGUGCUUGUCUUUGCUGUUGUUUUGAAGAAUGUUGCUAA